AAAGCACGAAAAACAAGGAAGUAAAUAACACUGAAAGUAGCAAUGUAGCCAACAUUUGCUGUCUAGCAAGAUAACAUAGUUUUAUACAAAAGUAUUUAUUGGUGAUACGUAGGGUUUAAGGAACACGGUUUUGGUAAAAUGGAGGAGAGGAAGCUGAAACGGAAAAGCCCCAGAUCCUCCACGAACCAGCCAGUGGCCCCUACGUCUGCCCGGAAAAACGCCACCUCCGGCAGGUCUCUGGCGUUUGGAUCGCAGAAAACCAAGUACAAGAGAGGGGCGCGGGACAAGCCGCGGUCUCAGGGCCUGUCGGCGAAGGCUCCUCAAUCUGCGCCCAUCCAGCACUCCUUCCUCACGGAUGUGUCCGACGUGCAGGAGAUGGAGAAGGGCCUGCUCAGCCUCCUCAACGACUUCCACUCCGGCAAGCUGCAGGCCUUCGGUAAUGAGUGCUCUAUCGAUCAGAUGGAGCAUGUGAGGGAGAUGCAGGAGAAGCUGGCUCGUUUGCACUUUGACCUCUAUGGGGAGGUGGACGAGAUGCCCCAGGAGCAGCGGAGGGGGGCGAGCGACAGUAACAUGGACAAGCUACUGCUGAACCUUGAGGAGCUCAGCUCAUCUAUUCAAAAGCUCAACCUCGCGGACAGCCAGGAGCCACCCAGAACAGCCACCCUCUGAUUGGACGGAGCUCACACCUGCCUGAGCGGUUCAUCUCCUUGGCAACACAGGACACUGUAAUGGAGUAGUUCCCUUGGUGUCACUCGUGUGGAAUUGGAAUGAGUAGAAUGGUUCCGCUAAUUAAAUAAUCAAAUAUCAGAAAAUAUAAGUAUCAGAAUUUGAAUGUAUUUAUCUGUGGUAUUAAUUGCCCCCCUUUUUGUGUUUUGCCCAGACAUACUAACAUUUGGUCCAGGAGGCACUAUAGCAUAUCUUUGGGGAACCUCUAAAUCUAUUUUACGUGAUGUAAUCAAAUCAUUUCUUAUGUUAAUUGCUUAAUUGCACCAUAGCAGAUAUUACCUGUGUCCUAACAAGGGGGAAAGUGCAGGGUUCUGCUCGGUACAUGGUCAUUAUGUAAUUCCUGUGAAAAUGUGGACCACUCCUCUUGCGGUUACGUGUGAAUAUUGUAUAAUACUCCUGAAAUAAUCAGAAUGUACGUUAUGUAUAUAAUGGAGGCUGUUUUCUGUGUUACUUCAUCUGUAAUUAUCUUGUAUAUUGCAUCUUCGCAUUCGGUCCAGUUAUAUUACAUAAAUGUUUCGGGAGAAACAAAAUGUAACUAUCAAACAUUUUAUCUAACGAUCGAGGCGGGCGGCAGUGGUUUGUCAAUAAAAGUGCAAUAAGAAUGUGAAA